UGAACCUAUCACUUUAAAUCUCCAAUCUCUGAUACAGCAGAGAUCAUAAACUCUGUUAGUAGAGCGUGGGAAAUAUCACAUUUUACACCUGAGAUACUUUGUAUUUCAGAGGAGUUUACCACCGGUUACGUUAAUAUUCGUACUUAUUUAUUUCAAAUCAUUCUGUCUACUUAGAUAGGUCUUUCAUAAGCACUUAAUAUUGUUUACCAAAGAAAUGGUGAUGGAGAAGCCAAGUCCCCUGCUUGUAGGGCGGGAGUUUGUGAGGCAGUAUUACACACUCUUAAACAAGGCACCAGAUUUCCUGCACAGGUUUUAUGGGAGGAAUUCUUCCUAUGUUCAUGGGGGACUGGACCCAAAUGGGAAGCUGGCAGAGGCAGUGUAUGGGCAAGCGGAAAUCCACAAGAAGGUCAUGUCCCUGCAGUUCAGUGAAUGCCACACAAAGAUCCGGCAUGUGGACGCCCACGCCACACUAAGUGAUGGAGUGGUGGUGCAAGUCCUUGGAGAGUUAUCCAACAAUGGCCAGCCCAUGAGGAAGUUUAUGCAGACUUUUGUGCUUGCUCCUGAAGGCUCUGUGGCAAACAAGUUCUAUGUCCACAAUGACAUCUUCCGCUAUGAGGACGAGGUGUUUGGUGACUCUGAAGCUGAGCUUGAUGAGGAAUCUGAGGAGGAAGUUGAAGAGGAACCAGAGGAGAGGCAGCCAUCCCCUGAGCCGCUCCAAGAAAGCCCCAACAGUACCACCUAUUAUGAACCACACCCUGUCACCAAUGGAGUGGAGGAGCCCAUGGAGGAACCAGCUCCAGAGCCAGAGCCAGAGCCAGAACCAGAGCCCAAGGUAGAAGAGAUCAAGCCUGAAGUAGAUGAGAAGGUUCUGGAAGAGAUGGAGGAGAAGCCUCCUUCACCCGUCCCUGUGGAGUCCCCACCCAACACCCAGGAGCCUCCCAAGACUUUCUCCUGGGCCUCAGUGACCAGUAAAAACUUGCCUCCUAGCGGCACAGUCCCCACCUCUGGAAUCUCACCACAUGUUGUUAAAGCUCCAAGCUCACAGCCCAGAGUGGAAGCCAAGCCCGAGACUCAGACAGCACCUCUGCGACCCCGAGACCAACGCACGCGAGACAGACCUGCCUUCACUCCACGAGGACCCAGACCUGAUGGUGUUGCAUCUUCAGAGUCACAAACAGGAAAACCACACCUGAGUUUUGUCAACAAAGGCAGGGGAGAGUCUGAAACCAGUGAAAUGGACAGCAGGCGGAUUAUCCGGUACCCAGACAGCCACCAGCUUUUUGUUGGCAACCUCCCACAUGAUAUUGAUGAGAGCGAGCUCAAAGACUUCUUCAUGACAUAUGGAAAUGUUGUGGAGCUGAGGAUCAACACCAAAGGUGUGGGAGGAAAGCUGCCUAACUUUGGAUUUGUGGUCUUUGAUGACUCUGAUCCCGUGCAGAGAAUCCUGGGGGCCAAGGUAGACGGGCCCAUCAUGUUCCGUGGUGAGGUGCGUCUGAACGUCGAGGAGAAGAAGACGAGGGCAGUGCGUGAACGAGAGACCCGUGGUGGAGGAGAGGACCGUCGGGACAUGAGGCGCAGCGACCGAGGCCCUGGAGGUCCACGAGGCAUUGUGGGAAGUGGAAUGGUGCGUGACCGUGAUGGGAGGGGCCCACCACCUCGAGGUGGCAUGGCCCCCAAGCCUGGCAUGGGCUCUGGAAGAGGCUCUGGUGGCCAGGGAGAAGGCCGCUUCACAACCCAACGCCGCUGAGAAGAGCACCACCUGCAGUGUGGGAGUAGUACCAUGUUCUUCAUCUUCAACUGUUCUCGUUAACGAAAAAAAUCUUCAUGUAUAAACGUAUAUAUUUGUUUUUGGUUUUUUUGUGUUUUUCUUUUUUUUUUUCUUUUUUUCUUUUUGGAAUGUGACACAGCCUGUCAACCAUUUCUUUGUGAAACAGACAAAAUAAGCAAACAAAAAAAUUUCGCUUACUAGUUGUGAGCUGAGCAUCCUUUUCUGGUAUCUCAAGAAUUCACAAACAUUAAUUUGUAAAUUCGUGAAAGAUGGCAAACCAACCAGGAGUAAUCUGCCACAUUAGGAGGGACUGAUAGACUUUUACCUACGAUAAUACAGCCCAUCAUUUGGAAAAGAGAUUAUAUGCCUUGACUUACUGUGGCGCUACUUCACGAAAUCCCUCUAUUGCACAUUUUAUAUGGUAGUUCUCUGCCCGUUACUGUUGGAAGAGUUUGAGAUGCAAAAUUUGUGCAGUUCGAGGGGAAAAGUUCACCUCUUUAUUUUUUUCCUUUGAGAGAACACUGCUUCAAAAUUGCAUAAUGCACUCAUCAAUAUGCACUAAUGGGUACUUUUGUCGUGUUACAUUGACAUCCAUGCUCGGAACGCAGCUGGAGAGACGUGUUUGUCUCAAAGCGAUACGACUUAAUGGGGCAGGCCUCGCUCACAGCCUGUCUGCUGUGACCAAUGUACUUUUCACACCUUUGACCCAAAACUAUGCUUCAAUUACUGCUGGAUGGACAAGAUGACAAGCAAAUCUACAUUAUAUUUUUCCUCAUUUAUAAAUCGAAUAAAAGCUCAAAUCCUGGACUUUUCACCUAAUGAGUGGGGGGACAAAGGAACAAGAAACCGAGUUGAACAAUAGAAGAGUGGUGGUAACGAUGGCGGCUCGCUCUAUUUUUGUUGAUGCCAAGUUAUUUUUUUCUUCAUGUUUUUCCUACCAGCUAGACCGUAAAGCCGGGAUGGAUGACAUCUCCUUCCCUCUUCCCUCCCUCCCUGUCUUAAGUGCGGAGUAACAGAAUAAAUGUACAGCAAAGAUCAUAGUUUACUGUAUGUUUUGUUUUUCUCUGUAUAUUUUCAGUUCUUUUUCAACUUGAUAAAAGCAUGAUGGUGCCUUCUAUUUCAUCUUUUCCAGUCUUACUACACGUUGAGGCUCAAGGCUUGUUGCCUUCUAAUGUGUAACUGCUCAUUUUGAACUAUUGUCCACUGGGAGCAGAGAACUUGCAGUAUUCACAAGAUUUAAGUUUUUCAAGUGCAUAUUUCAUCUUUCCAUAUUGGUUUACUACCUAAGAUGAUCUGCUGUGAGUUUUGUACAUUUGUUUAUACUGUAGUGUCUGUUCUGGGUUUUGUAGAGACAAUAGGUGCCUCGAGUUCUGUUUGACAUUAAAAAAUGGCUAAAAGAGGUGCACCUGAGGAGCUACUCAUGGAAAAGGGUACAUUAAACAUGGCAACAGUGGAAAAUGCUUGGUCGUUGGUUUUGUCAAGUCAGCUCUCUAAGCAACCCUGAGUACAGUGUAAACCUUAAAAAGCUUUUCGGUGUGGAAACAGAAAUGGCUGCUUUGAGCAAGGAAUGGCACACAACUUAUCGCACAUUGUGAUUCAGACAUGAUCGGGACAUCUGUGGGGGCUUUACUUUCGGUCUGACUGUAGUUUUGCAACUCCUGUCAGCACAUGGAUUAAUCCCUGGACUCAGAAGUUGUCAGACUGUUCAUCUUUUCUCAGCAGCAAUUUUGUAAUGAUCAGUGUGGGUUGGUUGGCCACUGUUCCAACCUCCAGACUAGCAAAUAAUCGUGCUUACUUUUCUACCCAUUCAUGCAUUUGUAUUUCUACAUGCUGAUUAUUCAUUGUGCUAUAUCUUUUUUUUUUUUUUUCUUCCUCUCAAGGCAAGUGUAAUAUGAAUGCUAUACUGGUGGGCUCCUUGUCCACUAGUUUUAUUUUAUUUUAUUUUUACCACAUGGUGGGGAGGGAAGACUUAGGUUUCAGCUGGAAAGGAAAACAUGACAACAUGAGGUGUUUUCUUAUUUGUCGUCUUGCACUGAAACGGGAACUGAAAUCUAAUGUAGCAUUUUCUCGACAAAUAUACUAACGAGGUCUUCCUUGUCUGGUGGUAUUGCACUAUUUCCAACAAUUCUGGGACAAUCUGCCCAGAGUUUGGACACAGCCUUUCCAAAUUUCCCAACUGGCAAUGAAAAUCAAAACAGUAGUGUUAGCGCUGUCAGUGGCCUGUUCACAUAAUAUUCUGUUUGCUUGCUCUUGCAGUUGGAAUGAGAUGUGAUUUACAGACAUGGCACAGUUUGGUUAAUUCACCACAGUAAUGCCCAACUGCACUCUCCCCAGUUGUGGUUGAGCUAAAUUAUUUCCAGAUGUGAUAAAUUGCUAGGAAUGCAGAUUAUAAUUUUGUGCCAUCGGCCUUUGACCUAAUAUGACUGCAGAACUACAGCCCUUUCAUCCCGUGGUGUUUUCAGUGGACAGGUGUCACUGGUGCCUCUACCCCCCUGAUGUUUAUUUGUCAGAUAAUUGCUUAUCAUGGGCACUUGACUGAAAUCAUACCUGUGCAACAAUGGUCAAUGAAGAACCAUCAUGCUUUCAGACUAGUCAGUGCUUUACAUCUUAGUGGUGUUAAUGUUUGUGAGCAUACAAAAUUAUGGUUGGGUAUUUUAUUUUAUUUUAUUUUUUUAUUGACUUUUUCAAUGACCCGCACCUCCCCAAACUUUAAAGGAUCCCGAAAGCAAAGGCUGUAAACUUAUCUUCCUGUGGUUGAAAAUGCAGUAGAGUGGAUCCUCAUUGUGAAUCAUUCCAGGCCUCUUUUCAAUGGAAAUAGAAUUACCUUCUUGGCUUUAGCAGGUGUGGUAAACAGUUGGCUGCCAUCUUAAUUUAAUGUGUUUACCUUCUACUUGUUGCUAGUGGAAAAACUGUUGCAGGUGGAGAAUUUUUGUUUUUUCCAUUUUGAAUGUGUUGGACUUAACAUACAAUAAACUACUGAUAUCAGCACCACUCA